AAAAAGGGCGGUCAGUCUCCUCCCCUUCAGUGUGGUUUCCUGUCUCGGUGGGAAGCCUGCAGCAUGGAUGCUUCGGAUCCCUCUCCCUGGUGGCGCUCCGUUACUGACCUGCGGUCCCUGUAAGAUUGGCGGCAUCGAUAUGCGCGGGGGUCCGUUCAGAGGCACAGCUGAGCUCCGGAGGGAGUAUUCAGUGUGCUGGAGCUGGAAGCCGGCGCCUCUGUGGAGGUGCCGUGAAGACUGACGCUGGCUGCCUGGGGGAGGAAGAGGAGGGGCUUCGGCAGUGAGUGCCGGAUAGCGCUCCUGUCGUCAUGUGACCGGCGCAGGCGUCGGGCGGUGAUGUCAUCAGUAUGCGCCCUAUGAGAGGAGCGCGAUUUUCCAGGGGCCGGCGUCCUUUUGCGACUUGGCUGAGCCUGCAUCAUGGAGGAAGACAAGCCAUCUGAAGAGCUUGCGGUCCCUCCUGCUCCGGUACCUCUGAAGGGGUGAGUGGGGUCUCUUAUGACCUAGAUUCCCUUUUUACUAAUUGGGCGUUACUGUUUGUUUUCAGGUUAAGCCUAAGAAAGUGGUGACCAAAAAGAAAAACAGAGAAUGUGCUCUGUGCAAAGUGGGUUUGCCCUCAGAGUGGGAUAAAAAGUUAUGCCAGGCCUGUAUAGACAGAACGGUUGCGGAGGAAUCCCCUUCCUUUUAUAAGUGUCUGCAGGCGUUAGUUCGGUCAGAGGUUAACUCCUCGUUAACUGCCAAAAAGGAUCAGAGGCCGGUCCGUAAAGAGACCCGGCGUAAUCCCAGUGUUUCAGAGGGAGAGGAAGAUUUGCCUUCUUCAGUGAUUGAAUUUUCGGACAUCUCAGAGCAGUCCUCUCCGGAUGAGGAAGAAGGUCAGGGGCGGAGACCAUGUUUUCCUGUAGAAGAUACGGAAAAGCUGUUAAAAGCGGUUCGUUCUACAAUGGGCAUAGAAGAGACCCGAGAGCCCCGUUCCUUUCAGGACAUUAUGUUUGAGGGUUUAGAGGCCAGACAACAUGGUACUUUUCCGGUACACAAAAAUGUAGCCGCAUUGAUUAGAGGCGAGUGGAAGAAACCAAAUAAAAGGGUAUUUAUCUCCAAAAACCUCAAACGCAAAUACCCCUUCAAAGAAGAGGACUCUGCCUCCUGGGAUAGGGCUCCUCGCAUUGACGUAGCCAUCUCCAAGGUCUCUAGGAAGAUGGCCUUGCCGUUUGAGGAUAUGGGUAUAUUAAAAGACCCUCUGGAUAAAAAAGCAGACGCCUUUCUUAAGGGGGCUUGGGAGGCAUCUACCUCAUCAUUUAGGCCCAGUAUAGCCUCCACCUGUACGGCCCGUUCUUUAAGGGUUUGGCUUUCCGAAUUGGAAGUUCAGCUUAAAAACAGAAGUCCCCGUGAGGAGAUACUGGCCUCCCUCCCUACUAUUAAAAAAGCAGCCGAUUUUUUAGCGGACGCAUCUGCUGACUCUGUCAGACUGGCCGCUAAGUCAGCAGCCUUAUCCAACUCUGCUCGGAGAGCUCUAUGGAUAAAGAAUUGGAGUGGCGAUACGGCCUCCAAGACUAAGCUUUGCGGAGUUCCAUGUGAGGGGGAGUAUCUUUUUGGUCCUAGUUUGGACGACCUCCUGGAUAAGGCGGCUGAUAGGAAGAGAAAGUUUCCCGGUUUUCAGAGCUCCUUCCCCAGUAAAAACAGGUUUAGCCGUUCCUUUCGUCCCUUUAAAGAUAACCAGGAACAGGAUAGAAGACCUAGGGAAGACCGGUUUAGGGGUCAGAGAAGGAGCAGAAACUUUUUCUUUAGCCAGUCCUCCUCAGACAAAAAGAAACCUGAUCAGCAAUGA